AUCAAUCUUAUUGUCAGAUUUAAUGUAAGUAAGAUUUAUUUAUUUUUUUCUUCGCCGCUCCGCGUCACUCACUCACUGCUAUUGCCAUGCCAUUUAUGGGGUUGCCAGAUACCAAAAAAAAACACAAUUUGUACUAAAUUGUAGAAAUAUGAAUGUAAAACUUUUCUAAAUUUUAUUAUAGCAAUAUGUCGUUAACUCGUAAUUGUUAUUAAAAACAUAGUCGUUAUAACUUAAAAUAGGAUUAGUUUUAAUGGAACAUGAAACUUUUAAUUACGCUUAGGAGAUAUAAGUACUUACAAUUUUUCAGGGAUGCGUGUUUUUUUUUUACUUGUUUUUAAUGCACUAACUUUGUCUAUCUCUCUUUUUUACGUAUGGUGUGAUGAUAAAUGGAAUGAUGCAUGUUGUGCUGUUGCUUUUACUGUGUUAACAAAAUGAACAUGUAUCUAAAGAAGAUGAAGAGGUUUUUAAUUGCUAAACCCUCCACAUCAAAAACAAGAGAAAACACAGAAAAUGUAGAAGAGGUGACUCCUGAUGAGGCUUCUCCUGAUGAGGCACCGCCGCGAAAAAAAAAACAAGCAAAUUUAUAAUUUUAACGAAAAAUGGCUUGAAGACACGGCUUUCAAAAAUUGGAUCUCGAAACGGGAGCAACAAGCUGGCUCAGUUUCUGCAUUUUGUAAAAUUUGUAAUUGUCACAUACUCAACCAUAGGCCUGCUCUCGUAAACAUUUGAAUACCAUUAAACAUAAACAACAUGCUACCGCUAUCAGCAAAACAACAUCCAUACAAGAAGUGCUUAGACCAAAAAAGGAAGAAGAGCUCCAGAAAAGAGCUGAACUCAAACUAUGUGCUUUUCUCGCUGAGCAUAAUUUACCUUUAAUGUUGUCCGAUCAUUUAAUUCCGUUCCUAGCUACAACAUUUCCUGAUUCACCUAUAAUAAAAUCUGUUAAGUUAGGAAGAACGAAAGCAGGAAAUAUCGUCAAAACAGUACUUGCCCCAAUACUGACAGACGAACUUGUAUCAAAACUCAAAAGAACAACAUUCAGUAUAAUAAUGGACGAAACCACAGACAUAAGUGUCAAAAAACAAUGCGCACUUGCGGUUAUAUUUUUUGAUGGGGAUGAAUUAGUCGUUCACACUCAGUUUCUAGACAUGUAUGAAGUUACCUCGGGAAAAGGGAAAGAUCUAACGGAUGCUCUAUUAAAUUGGCUUGAUAAUAAAAAAAUCCCAAUAAAAAACUUCGUAGGCUUUGCGUCUGAUACCACAAACAGUAUGGUCGGAGAACACAAUUCAGUGUUUAGUCAUUUGAAGGAACGCGUACCACACAUUGCAUGUGUGAAGUGCAGCUGCCACAUGAUACAUCUUGUGGCUUCCAAGGCAUGUCUUAAGCUGCCAAGAUUCGUUGAAGACUUUCUUAGAAAUGUCGGUGCGCACUUUAACCGCAGCACACUCCGACACGAAAAACUAAAAGAGUUGCAGUUAUUUUUCAAUGUGGAAGUCCAUAAAAUAUUGAGCCCAUCGGUCACAAGAUGGUUAUCAUUAGAGGCUUGUGUAAACAGGGUACUCGAACAGUACGAUGUUCUGUCCGCAUAUUUUAGACUUGAAUUGUUAGAAGACCCUAGCAAAAUCACGGAAGAUAUAAUUGGGGUACUCGACAAUAAAUUAACAAAAAUUUACUUAGAGUUCAUGUCGUUUACAUUGGAACAAUUUGUAGGAGGUUUUGGAAAAAAGCACUGAUAUUAGUACUUAAGUUACUGUAUUGAAAAAUAAUAAUUGUACAAGAAGUUAAUUACAAAACAUCUUAGUGGUUAGUCAUUACACACGAGAAGCAGAAGUGGCGCCGUGAAGCGGCAAGAAUUGGAACUACUCCGAUUGCGUUCCAAUUCUACCUAUAAUUCUUACACAAUUUAAUGACUUUAACAGAUUGUUUCAAACAGAAAAACCGUUGCUCCACCGACUAAAACCAGAGACACAUAAACUUAUAAAAACCAUAGCCAACAAUUACAUGAACUUCAGUUAUUGCAAAACAACCGAUGCAUAUAAAAUAGAAUACGCCAACCCAAGAUUUUUUGUGCCCCUUGAAAAAAUAUAUUUAGGUAUAGCUGCACAGUCGUCCAUUGAUGAACUUUCAAAAGAAAUACCAGAACCAAAAACGGUAAUAACGGAUUUCAAGAGAACUUGUCUCAAUUUUUAUAUUGAAACCAUAAAACAGAUAGUAAGUACAACGUUUCGAUUUUUCUGACCCGUUAUACGGUAUUUUAGAUGUGGUUGAACCAAGCGUUGCUCAAAAAUUUGAAGUAAAGGAUUUGUCAAAUGUUUUGAAGAGAUUCCCAAGUGUUAAAGAGGAUGUAAAUGAAAUGGAGCUUCUAAAAGAAUGGAAAAAACAUGCUUUCCUGGACCGCAACGAUUUAGGUUUGAGUCAAAAUCUGGAAGUGGAAGGAAGGAAGUGGAAGUGGAAUAUUGGAAACAAAUUUUAAAGCUAAAGGAUAUAGCCGGUACUGAAAUGUUCCCAAAUUUAAAAAAGAUUGUAGGGCUCUUGCUUGUUUUGCCUUUUUCCAAUGUUUGCGUGGAAAGAAUUUUCAGCCAGCUUAAAUUAAUAAAAUGCGAAAACCGGAAUAGACUGAGCACUGAAACUAUUUCUUCUUUGAUGGCAACAAAAGCCAACAUACAAAACGCCUUAAAAUUUGAGCCUUCUAAAAGAAUGAUGCAUGCAAAAGUAGCAUAUAGCAAGACUGGUGAAGGUAUUAACUGUUAUUUAACUAAUUUACACAAAAUUUAAUAUCAAAAAGUUAUAAGCAACAUUUUUUUAUUUCUGCAAUACUAAAAUAAACGCUUUUUUCAGGUUCCACCAGUUCCAAUUAGCUUUCUUUGGAAUAUUUAGUCAUUUUAAGCUAAAAUGAAUUAUUAUCUCUCUAUUGUUGUGUAUGUGAAUCACAGGCACGACGAAGAUUUAAAUCAGGUUAGUAUUGAAAGGCAUUCUUAAAAUGGUUGGUUGAUAUAUUUAAUUUAAUUAAUUAAAUACACGUUUUUGAUUUUAUUUAUUUUUCUAGCAUCACCAGUCGAUUAUUAGAUCAAAAAACAAUUAUUAGCCACGAGAUUAGCUACACUUAUGACUGAAAAUACAAGUCAUGUAUUCAUUGAUGACAAAGCAGGUUGGUAUUGAACGACAUUCCUAAACUAUGAAUAACUAAUAUAUUAUGUAGAUACAAAUAUCUGACUGUUACAUUUUUAUUUUCAGCAUCGCCAGUCGAUUGUUCGAUCAACAAUAAUUACGAAUUGUUAAGUUUAAUAAAGGGGCGGAAACUUUUUAUAGUUUUUUUAUAUUCAUUGAUGACAAAGCAGGUUGGUAUUGAACGACAUUCAUAAAUUGAUCGGUACUUUACAUAGAUAUAAAUACCUAACUGACUGUUACCUUUUUUCUUUUCAGCGUCAACAGUCGAUUAUGCGAUCAACAACACAAUUAUUACAAAUUUUUACUUUUUAAGUAAUUUUUACGCGAUAAUUCUCUCAGUGUACGUAUUUUGCCAGUUUCCACAAAAAAAAAAGACAAUGUUACUUUUUCUGACAAAAUGUUACUUUUUGAUCUGUCUCGUGUAACUUUUGACUAUCGGCCACUGGCAACACUGCCAGUGACGUACACGGCCACGGCGGGAGCGGCCGCUUGCUUGUUUUGGCGCGAAAUCACGUCGUCACCUAAAUAUCAAUGUAAGUAAUUCUAGUAUAUUUAUGCAUUUACAUUUGAAUGGUAUUCAACGAUAAAAGUAGUACUUGAUUGUUAUUCGUAAAAUAGUAGAAUAUUAUUAAAUAUUUUAAAUAAUUUUAGUAGGUAUCACGUAAUGAACGCAAAUGUCUGUCCCUUAGCACCGGACACUAAGUAGUCCCUUAGCGCCGGACAGUAAACAUAUUAAUAUUUCUUGUCAGAAUUUACGUCAUUUAUUCUAAUUAUUUAAUUUUAUUUUAGAGUAUAGAAGAAAGAAGAUUAUAAAAAUGGAAGAGAAGAAAAAGAAAGGAUCUUGGGAGUCACAGAGCUUACAAACUGCUAUUGAUAAGGUUUUGUCAAAAAAACUGAGUGUGAGACAAGCUGCAAUGCAAUAUAAUAUUCCUAAAAGCACUAUACAUGAUAAAAUAAAGGCCAUAAAUCGAGGAGAAGAAGUAACAAUGAAACCAAAGUUAGGUAGGUUCACUAGCACCUUCUCAGCAGAGUAUGAACAAGUCUUGGUGGACCAUAUUAAAGAUUUAUCGAAUAGAUGCAUGCCUCUCAUGAAAAAGGAGUUUCUAAAAUUAGCGUACGACUUAGCUGAAACCAUGAAGAUUCCUCAUCGAUUUAAUAAAGAAAAAGGCAGUGCUGGUAAACAUUUUUACUACGACUUCAUGAAAAAGCAUUCUGACAUUUCGUUGAGAGCACCGGAAUCGACAAGCAUGAUGCGCGCCGUAGGAUUUAACAAACCACAAGUGGAUAUUUUCUACGACAACCUUGAGAAGCUGAUGCAACAGUACAAAUUCACACCCUCAAGAAUUUAUAACUGUGAUGAAACUGGUGUCAGUUGCGUGCACAAACAUCAAAAAGUUCUCGCUCCGAAAGCAAUCCGUCAAGUAGGUAAGCUCACGUCUGCUGAGAGAGGCAAAAACAUCACAGUUUUGUUCUGUAUGAGUGCUAACGGUCACUACAUACCCCCAUUUUUCGUAUUUCCUAGGCAACGAAUGAAUGAAAGGCUAAUGAUGAAUGCUCCAGGAGAGAGCAUCGGUGUGGCCCAGCCAAAAGGGUGGAUGAAUAGUGACUUUUUUUUACAAUACCUAAGAAUAUUCAUGAAACACACGCAACCAACCAAAGAGAACCCUGUGCUGCUUCUACUGGAUGGCCAUUGUAGCCACAAGACAUUGGCGGUAAUCAAUUUUUGCAGAGAGAAUCAUAUUCACUUGAUGAGUUCACCACCACACACUACGCACAAGCUCCAGCCUCUGGACAGGACAUUUAUGAAGCCUUUUAAAGAUGCAUACAGUCAACGAUGCGACUUGUGGAUGAGAACAAAUGCUGGACGUCGGAUAACGGAUUACGACAUUGCUGGUUUGGUCAAAGAUGCAUUUAUAAAAGUAGCUCGACUGGAUAUUGCAGUAUCUGGAUUCAAAUGCACUGGAAUCCAUCCAUUUGACAGACAUUUAUUUUCUGACAUAGACUAUUUGGCUGCAGAUAUGACCAAUAUACCACUAGAACAAACAGAAACUUCAUCGAACGCACUAAACAACGAACAAGCUGUCGUGAUAUCAAACUCAAUCGUAGAAGAGCAAAUGAAAGAAUCUGAACAAUCUAUUAGUGAGCCUAUAAACACAAGUCCCAAACCGUCGACAAGUUCUGCUCCCGAUCUUGUUCAGAUAAUCCAUAACUUAUCACCAUUGCCUGACGCAGCAAAAAAACGAACAGCAGCUCGAAAAAGAAAGAGUGAACGAAGUGAAAUUUUAACUUCAUCGCCAUAUAAAAAAUUGGCAGAAGAAAAAGAAAAUGAAAAGAACACGAAAGAUAAAAAGAAGGAAAUAAAAUCUAAGAUUGAAGUAGCAUUGGGAGGUAAAGGAAAGCAAACCAAAGGAAAGAGCGUAGACAAAAGAAAAGAAGCGACAAAGGUGAAACCUAAUGAAAAGAAAAGAAGGGAAGUAGAACCAUUGACUGAAAUAUCUAACACAAACAAAACAAUUUGCGUAGUUUGCUUAGAAACCUCUGAGGAAGACUGGAUCCAGUGCUCAUCCUGUCUUGGGUGGGUACAUGAAGCAUGUGCAGACAUUCCAGAGUCUGGAGAUGGCUACAUAUGUGAUCGAUGCAGGUUGUUUUGAAAUGUCCGGUGCUACGGGUAUGGCACAAAUAUACGUCCGGUACUAGGUGCCACUUUUAAAAAUUAUAUUUUUUGUUACCAAAGUUUGAUUGAUGGUAUUAAUUAUAUUUAAGCAGAGGUUGCAUUUUUGUUAAUUUAAUUUGAUUUCUAACUUUGUUAUCUAAUAUAAGUCGUAUUUGAAUAAACAUUUUUUUAAAUAUUCUUUGUUUUAUUUAUAAAUAACCUUAGGUGUCCGCCACUGGGGGACUUCCCCCUAAGCUUCGCUGGAGAUCAACACCAGACAGAUGUCGAUUUCGAUACUUUCCAAAAAACCUUUGGUAAACUCGCCGUACACGUUGACUUAGCCCUUGUUGCAGCAAAGCUACAACUUGGGCCGACUCAGCUUCAGUAGUGUCCAUUAUUUUUUGUCAAAGUAAUCAAACUACAGCUAACUCAACGUUAUUUAAAAGAAAUCCCUACAAAAAUCAGUUUCGAACUGAAAUAACGGAUUGAAUUUGUUCUGACGUAAAACCACUAAAUCAGCACUUAACAGUAUUUCUUCUAAGAAAUUGUUAAGUACCUUCAGGUGUAACAAGGUUUACGACAAACAAGAUGUCAAACAUCAUUAUCCGACCCUUAAAACAAAAAACAAACGCGUGAAACAGCUUAUCAGUGAAACAAUCGAAAAAUAUUAAACAAAAAGUGGAUGGGUCGAUUUUUUUGAUGACCAGUGUAUCUAUAGUCGAGGGGGCAUUACAUACGUGCGAUAUUGUGUCUUAGGGUGAAGCGAUGUAAUUUUAUGAGUUGUGAGUCGCGUAUUUCCGGUCACUUAUUUUACGUGCAACUGAAUUUCUGUUGAGCUGCCAGACGAACGUAAUUUAUUCAGGUACUAUCGAGCGUUGAUACGGGGUGUUUGUGUCAUCAAGUGCGAUGGAUCCACUGAAAUUAUUGUGCAUUUAUGAAGCAUAUUCAGAAGAUACUAUUCAAAAGAUGAUACCAGAAGAAGAAGCUGGGUAAACCCACUCAAUAGUGAGAGGCUGAUAUGUGGACAGUUCCAUACAUUAUAUGAACGUGUAUGUGCAAAUCCAGAUAUGUUUAAAAACUACUACCAUGUGCCAUUACAUAUUUUUCAAGAAUUAUUAACCUUACAUAAAACCUUUCAUUACCAAAUCGGACACAAAUAUGAGACUAGCCAUCGCCCAGAGGAAAGAUUAAUAAUAACACUCAAUUUAAUUUAAUUAUUGAAAUAAAUGGAGGCCAAAUUGAUAAUUUACCUGUUGAUUUGUUAAGUGAUAACCAGAGUUCACAGAAAUUAGCAUGUAAUCCUUUAUUUAAUAGACGAACAAAAGAUAUAGAUGAUCGGUAUCAUCGGAGACAAUACAACCCUAUGAAACCUAAUAAAUGGGGAUUCAAGAACGUAGUACGCACUGGUGCGUCUGGAAUUGUCUAUGAUAUAUUCGCACAAGUAUGAAAUUUGUUAAUCCGUCGUCAACUUGAAAUCUUUUGUGUAGGCCAUUAUUAACUCCUGUCAUUACAGAGGAGUUGUCGGUACCUAUACCGAUUAAGUUUUGAAUAUUUAAUUGAUGGUCCUUUAAUGUGAGAACAAUUGCGUCAGCUAAACCUUUGGCAUCGGCUUUUUCAAUCGAUGUCAGAGACAAAAAUGUUGACACGAUUUCUUUUUGUGUUCCGCUAAAGUAUCGUAUUGCUAUUCCCAAAUAUUUUGAGAAGCUGACAUCAGUAGACUCGUCUAGCAGAAGACUGAAUUUUUGCUCAUCAAUGUCAGAUUUCAAAACUUCCUUGAAAUGUGGCCCCAGUACUUCACUUACAUUUUGAACAUUUUGUUCGGUGUAUUUGCAUGUCCUGGGUGGAUUUCGAAUCAGAUUUUUGUUUUUACAUGGUUUACUUAGAUGGUCCACUGUUAGAACUGAACAAUGUUCAACAAUAGUGAUGGGUAACUCAUCAUUUUUAUAAGAGGUUCAGGGAGUACCUCAUUUUACGGCGCGAGGUCUAUAAAUAAAGACACUAGUGUUGCUACACCUCUUUCACCUGCGACUCCAUCUACGUCUCAAGCUCAAGGUGAGUCGUCUUCCGCCUGCACCGAUGGUUCCACUCAAUUUAUACCAGCAAUUCCUGUUCCGAAUAGUCGUCCUUUAGAUUUUAAUAAAAAUAAAUCAAUCAAUAUUUUGCAAAACCGCUGUCCUUGAAGAAAUCUGAAACCCUUAAUAAGUUGCUCCUACUAAUGAUUGUCAAAAAUUAUUUGCCUUUUACAAUCUUCGAAAACGAUUCAUUUAGAGCAUUUAUAAAAGAGUUAUGCCCUUCGUAUGUUGUUCCAUCUAGAAAAACGCUAGCAAAAGCGUUAUUACAAAAUUUUUAUAAAAUCGUAAAAGAAGAUGUGACGAAAUUACUAGGACAAGCGGAAUAUAUUGCCCUAACCAGGAUGCUUUCACUUCUGCUUCUCAUAAUCAGUAUGUUGCCGUAACAGCACAUUUUGUUGAAAACAACAAUAUUAAGGCGGUAAUGUUAGAAUGCAUUCCAGACGCACAACGCCAUACCGCACAGAACUUAGCUGAUUUAAUAAAAAAAAUGCACUGAAUGGAAUGUUAUGGAAAAAGUAGUGUCAGUUACUGCUGACAAUGCUAAUAACAUACAAGCUGCCAUUUCUCUAUUAAAAUUGAAGCAAGUACCGUGUUUUGCUCACACAUUAAAUUUAAUCGUUCAAACAGGUUUAUCGGAAAUUAAGGUAACUCAAAUGAAGGUUAAAACCAUAAUAGAACUUUUCCAAAGAAGUGUUUUGGCUAGUGAGCGCCUAACUGCCAUGCAAAAGCAGCUGGGGGAUAAACAGCUGACGGUAAAACAAGACGUCAUAACACGGUGUAACUCGACCUUCUAUAAGUUCGAGAGGAUUUUAGAUAAAAGAAGUGUGAUUUCCACCAUUGCCACCGAUUAUCCCAACACGCCAAAUUUGACCCCCGACGACAUAGAAAUUUUGUCGAAAUGUUGUGAUUUUUUAAGACCCUUUAAAUCCGUAACUGAAAUUAUGAGCGCAGAAAAGCAUGUUACUGUAUCACAAAUUAUAGUUUUAGCAAAUUUGCUCAAAAAAAAGUGUGAGGCGUUUACUCAAGACUUAAAUUCCCCCAAACAGUAAUGCAAAUGGCCAUGCGAUUCGCUACUGAUAUUUCGACACGCUUUAGAAAUGUAGAAGAUAAUAAAUUAUUUGCCGUAAGUACAUUUCUAGACCCACGAUUUAAGGCAUAUGGUUUUCCUGAUGAGAAAAAAAGUAGUGUCGAUAAUGCAAAAAAAUAUUUAACUAACAUAGCAUCGCUUUCUGAAAAUAUUUCAGAAAGCGAUAACAAUAUACAAAAGCCUUCAAUAUGGGAUGAAUUUGAUUUAAAAGUUGUAGAUGCUAUUAACCCUUUGACCGCCAAGGACGCUUUAAAGCGUCAUUCAAUAACUUGAUCGAGACGCCAAUGACGUCUUAAAGCGUCCAUCGCAUUUCAACUUUUAAUGACGAAUAAUCCUUAGCUAAUGUAAUUUUUUUUAAUCAGGAACAUUUAAAACUCUUCUUAUUGACUUCGACUACUAUAAUUAUGCAUUAAAACAUUGAGCUAUAGUAUAAUUGGACACAUAAUACUAAAAAAUAAACUCAUCAAAAAAUUUACUUAUAAAGUUACACCCACGGCGCCAACGACGCCUUAAAGCGUCGACUAGUGUUGUGACUACCUCCGAAUGGAAAAUAAAAAAUAUAAUAGGUAGGUAGUUUCAAAAAUGGUGCCAGUCAAGCUUUUUACGUUAUAUAUAUAUAUAUAUUUACACUAACCGUCGAAAGCGAGGCGUGUAAACGGCUCUGUGUAUUUUUGGUUCCGCUGUACAGACGUAAUAGUGACAACCAUAUUAUUAUUACUGUUUCCGCAUAAAUUUGAAGCUGCGCUUUGAACCGUAAUGGAGAAGAAGACUGGUAAGUUUACGUUCUUUUUCUUUGAUUUAAAUUGAUUUAAUAAAAAUAUAAUCAGCACAGUAUGUACCGCCUUUGCUUGAAAAAUUAUUAUUUUUCGAGUCAAAAUAUUUCAUAAUUUUGUAAUAGGGUAGUGUCCCACCAUUCGAAUGUCAAUACAUCAAAAGAGAGAUAAUGUUAUAAAUAAAAUUCCUAACCCUUAGACUACUUAAGUACAACCGACAUGUGUAACGUAUUAAUUAAACAUGAUUUUACGUAAAAAAAUAUAUUAUUAUUUAUAUCGCCUAUUGAUUUUACACAGAUUUAAAGCGCCCAAGAGAGCACAUGCCUGCAUAUUUACCGGAUACGAAAAAAAUAUGUAGUAAUUUGAAACGCAAAAGGCGAGAUACGAGAUUUUGGUGCGAAAUUUGUAAAGUGCCUCUUUGUGUUACAUGUUCCCGUGAGUACCAUG